GCCAGGCUGCGGAGGAGGAGGUGCCCGCCUUGGCUGAUCGUCAGCUGCAGUGGCACCGCAAUGGCUGAGGAGGAGUAGGAGGAGGAGGGCUGGGCGCAGUGAGCUCAGCAGCAGCAGCAGCAGCAGCAGCAGCAGCCAGGCCCCCGGAGGGAAAGGCAGCCAGCGCCGCCUCCUCCUCCUCCUCCUGCUGCCUCCCCCAGAGAACCCUCCUCUGCAGCCUCCCUCUUUCCCUCUCUCUUCACUCUCGGGGGCUGUACAUGGAACAGCCUACAGGUUUUAGAAUGAAGCGCACAGCAAUACACGAAAGGGUACUUUCUUCAGGUAAAGCUGACCAGCAGUAUUUCCAUCACGAUGGAGCAUGCCUGUAAGGAAAGUGAGAAAAUGUCGUGGGACAGAACCAAGGAAUAGACGAGAACAAAAGGUUCUCUGCUUGGGAUUUUACCCCUCUCAUCACGUCGACUCACAAUGUCAAAGAAGGGUGCCAGCUUUCGAGCUAAAGGAGAAAGACCGGAUGCCUUAGCUGCCUUGCAAGCUGCUAAUGAAGAGCUCAGGGCAAAACUCACAGACAUUCAGAUAGAGCUCCAGCAAGAAAAGAGUAAGGCCAGCAAAUUGGAGAGGGAGAAAAACCAGGAAGUGAGGCAGCUCAAAGAACACGAACAACAUAAAAACACAGUGAUUGUAACAGAACUCAAGGCUAAACUUCAUGAAGAAAAAAUGAAGGAGCUCCAGGCUGUUCGGGAAGGGCUUUUAAGACAGCAUGAAGCUGAGCUUCUUAGAGUCAUAAAAAUUAAAGAUAAUGAAAUUCAAAGACUACAGGCCUUGCUUAAUACCGUACGGGAUGGGACGCCUGAUAAGGUUAAGACGAUGCUCUUCUCUGAAGCAAAGGAGGAGGCCAAGAAAGGAUUUGAAGUUGAAAAAACUAAAAUGCAACAGGAAAUCUCAGAGCUUAAGGGGGCUAAAAAACAAGUAGAAGAGGCUUUAUCUGUAGUCAUUCAAGCUGACAAAAUUAAAGCAGCAGAGAUACGGAGUGUGUACCACCUUCACCAAGAGGAAAUCACCAGAAUAAAGAGAGAGUGUGAGCGGGAAAUUCGCAGAUUGAUGGAGGAGAUCAAAUUUAAAGACAGAGCAGUCUACGUGCUGGAAAGAGAGUUAGGGGUUCAAGCCGGGCAUACUCAGAGACUGCAGCUCCAAAAGGAUGCUUUAGAUGAACAACUUUCCCAGCUCAGAGAGGCCGACCGGCAUCUGAGUAGCCCCAAGCGGGAACUUCCUCAUGCAAGUGGUGCAGGAGACACUUCAGAUCAUUCAGGAAGUCCUGAACAGCAGUUGGAUGAAAGAGAUGCUCGGCGCUUCCAACUUAAAAUAGCUGAACUAAGUGCAAUCAUCAGGAAAUUGGAAGAUCGGAAUGCAUUAUUAUCAGAGGAACGGAAUGAACUUCUGAAACGUCUAAGGGAAGCUGAGAGCCAGUACAAACCAUUGCUAGACAAAAAUAAACGUCUGAGUAGGAAAAAUGAAGAUUUGUCCCAUACCUUACGUCGUAUGGAAAAUAAACUAAAAUUUAUAACACAAGAAAAUUUAGAAAUGAGACAAAGGGUGAGGACAAUAAGAAGACCAAGUUCCUUAAAUGACCUUGAUCAAAGUCAAGAUGAGAGAGAAGUUGAGUUUCUGAGACUACAGAUCAUGGACCAGCAAAACAUUAUAGAUGAACUUUCAAAGACUCUAGAAACUGCUGGCUAUGUGAAGAGUGUAAUAGAACGGGAUAAGCUUUUACGGUACAGGAAGCAACGAAAAAAAUUUGCCAAGUUUCCCAAGAAGCCAGUUGUGGAGACAUUUUUUGGGUACGAUGAAGAAGCUUCCCUUGAAUCUGAUGGCUCUUCUAUCUCAUAUCAAACUGACCGAACAGAUCAGACACCCUGCACGCCCGAUGAUGAUUUGGAAGAGGGAAUGGCAAAAGAAGAAACAGAAUUAAGAUUCCGGCAGCUAACAAUGGAGUAUCAGGCACUACAGAGAGCAUAUGCUCUGUUGCAAGAGCAGGUUGGAGGAACGUUGGAUGCAGAACGAGAAGUUAAGACUCGUGAGCAGCUUCAAGCUGAAAUCCACAGAGCCCAAGCUCAGAUAGAAGACCUAGAAAAGGCACUUGCUGAGCAAGGACAGGACAUGAAGUGGAUUGAAGAAAAGCAGGCAUUAUACAGAAGAAACCAAGAGCUAGUUGAAAAGAUAAAACAAAUGGAGGCAGAAGAGGCUCGGUUAAAACAUGAUGUUCAGGAUGCUAAAGAUCAAAAUGAACUCUUGGAAUUUAGAAUACUAGAACUUGAAGAAAGAGAAAGAAGAUCUCCAGCUAUCAAUUUUCAUCACAUUCCUUUUACUGAGGGGAAAAGUCCCUUACAGGUGUAUUGUGAGGCAGAAGGUGUAACAGAUAUACUGGUAGCAGAGUUGAUGAAGAAACUGGACAUUUUAGGGGAUAACGCCGUAAGUAACUUAACAAAUGAAGAGCAAGUAGUUAUCAUACAAGCAAGAACGGUUUUGACUUUGGCAGAAAAGUGGCUGCAGCAGAUAGAAGUAACAGAAUCAGCAUUGCAACAAAAGAUGAUAGACCUGGAAAAUGAAAAGGAACUGUUUAGUAAACAAAAGGGAUAUUUGGAUGAUGAACUUGAUUACAGGAAGCAAUCUUUAGAUCAAGCACAUAAGCACAUUCUGGAACUGGAAGCCAUGCUUUAUGAUGCCCUUCAGCAGGAAGCAGGAGCCAAGAUGUCAGAAAUUCUUUCAGAAGAAGAGAGGGAGAAGUUGAAGAAUGCUGUGGAACAAUGGAAGCGGCAAGUUAUGAGUGAACUUCGAGAAAGGGAUUCUCAGAUUCUCCGGGAAAGAAUGGAACUGAUUCAACAUGCACAACAGAGAAUUAAGGAGCUAGAAGAAAGAAUUGAAGCUCAAAAGAGACAAAUAAAGGAGUUAGAAGAAAAGUUUUUAUUUUUGUUUCUAUUUUUCUCUUUAGCUUUCAUUCUUUGGUCAUAGUACACCCAUCCACUUGCAAGAGCCAAGCACCCCUUCUCUAAUGCAACAAUGGAACAGUAGCUGCCCAGGUUACGGGAGGGAAAGGCAUCGGCAUUUCACAAAACUAGACUGCAUCCAUAUUUUGACAUUGAAGACUAUAGAUCUAAUCUUUUUGACCAUUUUUAUAAUGAAGAAGAAUCUGUGUGGAUUUUAUUUUGAAGUGAAGCCCAAUCUUCUGGAAAGCAUAACACUAUAACUUUUUACAAACUAGUCUUACAACAGUCACUGAAGAAAGCCAAAAAAAAAAAAAAUUAAAAACUACUGGUUUCUUUAAAGGAAGCCUCAUCUUUGCUGCUCAAAACAACUUCAGCUUUAUAUGAAAAGCAGUAAACUCACUCAGAUGAAGUGAGUGUAUUCCAGUUCCCUGCUAAGCAGGCAGUAAACUACUUCUGUCAAGAAGUAAACAUGUCCUGUUUUGUACUUCUGUCCUUUGUACUGUUUAUUUGUAUUUGCAUAUAUAUUCAUUUUGAGGGAAGGUUUUGAAAGAGUUCCAGGCUAGUCAAUGGUGAAUAUAUGAGUGAGUGAAUGGAUGAAUGGAAACAUGAAAGGUGUUCCAAAUUAUUUUUGUUCAUGGAAAUGAGUUGCUAAAUGCAAUUAGGUUGGUGGUAAAUAAUUUAAGAAAUGUCUUUUUCUCCCCCACAACAUGAGAUAUGUGAAAUUGUUUACUAACAACUCCCAGAUAUUAAUAAUGUGGGCUCAUGUGAUAAUAAAGUUUGGAAUACCUUCAAAAGGUUCCCAGUUUCAUUUUGCUCUGAAGUUUCAAUGAAGCUUAUUUACAGAAUUUGCAGGAAAAAGGCACAGUACUUAAUGUUUAAUGCGCUUAAACUCCUGGAUGUUUUAAGAAAAACAAAGCAAAAGCAGGAAGAAAACAGAAAGUUUAAAAAGGUUUGGAUCUAUAAGGUCUGUAAUAGAAAAUCAUCAAGAAGAUUUUUGGUAUAAGAAAAUGAGAAAGCACAAACAGCAAAUGGAAAUGGAUCUUUUGGACUGAAUGUUUCUAAAAGUGUCACAUGUACAUUAAGAAGCCAAGAAACUGUGAAAGGAAGCAGAAAUAUACAUAAAAUUGUCAAGAUAAAAGGCAGCCAUGUGCUAAAAGAUUUACAAGUGGAUAUAACAAAAGACAUUUAUAUUCUCCAUCUGCAGUUCUCAAAAAAGAGAAAAGGAAGAGGACAGAGACAAGAUACCAAUUCUCCCAGACCAGAAGUGAUUGUGACUUUCAAAGAGUUGCCCAAAGAUCCAGAUCAGAAAGUGAACACAGCAAGUUCUAACUAAAUAUGGCUUAAAGGAAAUCCAUCUAAUGCGAUAUGAAAAUGCCAGGAAACAAGAACAAUUGCUAGUUAGAAAACCAUAUGGUACUUGUUGUUUGUUGGAGGCUUUUAAAAAAACUUAACUCUGCUUACAAGCUUACAAUUUGAGGAGAUCCAGCAUUUCCAAAAUCUGUGCUGAUGUUAAAUUUGGAAAGAGUUUUUAUUUUUAUUUUUAAAGCUGAUCCAAAAAAAAAAAAUUGAAUUUCUGCUCUGUGCAUUAUCUAUUCAGCUAGGAACGUACAGUAUAGAUUGUUAUUUAGAUGGGAGAGAAACAGCAGAAGGCACCAUAUGAAAAAUACAUAACCCAUUCCAAUGUUAUAUUGGCAACACUGUCACAUCAUUAGAAGAUAUUCUGACGUAUGACUACUACUAUAUAAAAAUACAAACAGAGGAACUCAAACUGAUCCAUUAUAAGUAUAAUCCUUUUAUUGGAAACAGGUACAAAGGACAUUAUUGAUUUCAUGCUCAUUAAAACAUCUCAAAUCUUUUUAUUUCUAAAUACAGCAGGAAUAUAAUCUAUCUGAAGUUAAGCAUCUGUCCAGCAUAAACCUUAACAUGUUUACUCAGAGAUGGCACUUCAGCUAAAAUUUUAAGCAAACCUGCAAAGGUAUAAGCCCAUUGGGUGAGGUCCAAGUCAAAAUCCAAUUGAACAUGGGGACCUAUUCCUCUCUUUUGUAAGUCCCUCUGUUCCUAAAUCUUCUCCAAGUGGUUCUGGACAGAGUUUAAGUCCCCUUGGGUUCUUUCAGAAGGGGGGCCAUUCCUCUUCAUUGCAUUGACAGAAGUUGGAAGAUUUAAUUGGAUAUCACCCAAUUACGUUCAGCACUUUUGUCAUGCUGCUUUAAGUGCUUAACUCAGUGGGACCUAUUCCCUAGUGAAUGUGCACACAAUUGUACCUUUUAACUACCACAUGUACUCAGCGAGAGUUAAAGGUUGUAGUCCUGUAGUUGCUUAAUUGGGAGUAUGUCCAACUUCUGAGUAGACCUGUAGAGGAUAUUUAGCAUACACCUUACUCUCCCACUGAUAUCAGUGUACACUUUAAGAAUAUCUAUAUUUGGCUGGAUUUUGCUCAUAGUUCAAUGAUAAUAUACAUAUUUGCUGCUUUCCCCGAGUCUGUGUUCGCUUUUGUCUGCCAUAAGCUUGGCUUUUUUUCCUGGUAGUUGUCAUCUCAACAGGACCCAUCCUCCUCCUGUCAAAUGCCUUUUUGAACUUGUGGAGUAAAAUAAGCCCAUGCACAGUGACUCUAGUGUGCAUGCAGUGUGAUUAAUUUGGCCACGUUAUCCUGAUUAAGACACUCCUUCAGCAAGAACAAGCUCUUCAUGCACAUCCAGAGUUCCCUCUGUGCACCAGAUUUCCCCACUGAUUUCAAAGGCAAAUAGUUCUGUGCAUGCUACCAUAUCUUUAAAUGAAGGGAAGAACCCUGUUUUUGUAGGAACUCUGUCUUAGUUAUUUACAACUAAAGCAGACACUAUAUUGGGAGGCAAAACUGGGCUCUAAUUAAAACAUAUUCAAGUUUGACAUGUGCUAUAUUUUAUGCAGGCAUCUUUUAAAAUGCCUUAAGUUAAAUGCCUGACUAUAUAGUGGUGCUUGGAGAGUCAGAUGCUGCUAUUGGCCUGGAUAUGCAUGGGAAUAUAUGAUCUACUGGACAGGAUCUGAGAAUGUAAAGACAAGUAUAUUUGAAAAUUGGCUGGAGGAUCUUUCCUUUUCAGCCAUGUUGUUGCAUGCUGUAUAUAUGUUUCAGUAUCCAUUACCCAACUCUUCAAUUGUCAUUUACCACAUUGUCUUCUUUUUCUACCAACAUAUCUGUAUAGGACAGAUGUAUACAAGCAUUGUAAAUAAGUGAUGUAAAGAUGUUUUUGUCUAUAUAGAAACGGAUGUUUUGUACAUUGAAGAAUGGCUCAAUGAAUGUGUUUUUGAGAUUUCUGUCACUCAGAGAUCUUGCAUUGUAUUCAUACACAUGCACACACAGAACGAUAUAGGUUUUAGUUUCACUCACUCUAAAAUUAGGACAGUCCCCCUGGCUUUCUAAUCUACAUCGCCAUGUAGAUGAUGACACAUAACAUUUUAGAUAACUCCAGAAUAUGAAGUGUGUUACAUACUAAUUGUGAAUUCAACAUUUUAAAUAUGGGAAACAAACGACUCUUGUGAUCACAUUCAUAUUAUAGCCCUCUGCCAGUGAACAAAGAGAAGCAAAGGUUAAUCAGACUUACUGCUAAAUAAAUGUGCAUCUGAGCGAGCUAUUUAAUCCUAAAGUAAACUGCACCAUCAGAGAAAUUUGUAGGUUAGGGUUAUGAUCAUGACAGGAGAUUCCAAAAUGUAACAUUGUGCCAAAGUGACAGAGAUAUGCCUUGCGAGACAUAUCUAUGAGAUCUGUCCAUGUAGUGCUACUUCCUCUUCCUCUGAAUUUGCAUUAUAACACUUAUGCCAAAAAGGUGGCCAUCGAUACAUUCAGGUCUAAAAACAUAUACCCUAACUGAGACAUUACUUGCUUGGUAUCUACAAAAUGCAAGCACUGUUUUUAAUUCAUUGACAAGGUAUAAGCAGUAUUUGAGAACUUAGCAAACAAGUUAAUUGACUUCAGUGACUGGAAAAUACAUGCUUACCUACUUAAAUAAUAUAUAAUUGUAAUGGAGUUUCCCUGGCAUUUAAAUAAAGGGAGGAGCAGAUGAUCUAAACCUAUUUGGAUAGGAAUUUAUGAAUGAAAGCUCUGGCUCAGGUUAAAGGUUUUUUUGUGCAUCAGAAGCCUACAGUUUCCUCCCACAUCUCCACAGGUAUCUCUGCCAAGUUGGGGACCAUGUAUGGAGCAGCUCACAAUGAUGUUUUAGUUGAAUGAUUAAUAUAGGAGAAAAAGCCAAAAUAGAAAGAAAUAUGGGAAGUAAAUAUAUAGAGGUCAAAUGGUAAAAAGCAGAAUUUCAGGAAAGCCUUAACCCUGUAUCAUGUUCACAACUAUCUAGCACAUUGCUUAUUUUUGUCAGUUUCAAAACAUGUAAAUUCUGGAUCCUUCUUUUAACCAUUGUGUCUAAACUAUAAUCCAUUUGAACUGCUGCUUACUUUGUCAGUGAUUGUGUGUUACAUAUUGCAGGCUUAUGCCUGUGGUUCAAGCUGUUGAAGGACUGUGGCUGUUAUUUAAAAGUACUCAGCUCGCUUAAUAUCUAUAGCCUUCAGUAUAUCCCUGAGUGCCUUACACAGCUUGUUAACAUAAAUAUGUGUUAUCACAAAGAGAAAAAAAUGCAACUGAAAGUUAUUUUUUGGUGGAUAGGUGCCAAAUUUCUUUGCAUCUGUAAUGACACCAUUAAAUCCUUACAGUGUAGAAUCUGUUACUGAACAUAAAUGGAUUUAGUUUAGACUCAGGAAAUUAUAUUGUAAAUAUGUAUAGUACAUUUCCAUAUUUAUUGUACAGUUUAUUUAAACAUCCAUUGUAAAAGUCUAUAAAAACCAAAUAACUCUACAGUAGAUUUAUUCCAUGGUAAAUAUGCCAUGUUCUACUUGCGUUUUCUAAUGUAAUCUCAUAAUAAUCAUAUCCUAAAUACUUAAAUGUUUUGUUCUGUGCUAAAGAGAUGAUUUAUGAGCCUAAACUAGGCUUAUAUGUACAAAAUUUUACACAUAUUUUUGUAUUGUGGUUCAUAUGCUAUAUAUGUAUAUAUAUAUAUCAGAGACUUUCUAUUCAUUUGUAAA